UUCCCUUCAGUUCCCGCCAUUCAGAAUUUUGCUUUUGCUUUUUUUUCUCUUUUAUUAUUUUGCUUCUCUCAUAAGUCGCUCUGUUCUCUUCUUCACCGCUUUCAAUUCCAUUCGUUAAUGCGCUUUCUCUCUCUUUUUCUCUCCGUGUUGGCUUCGAUUCUGAGCUGAACCAUCCGAUUCCUAUUCCGGUGGAAGAAGGAAGCAUAUCAUAUGAUGGGGGAAUCCAGUUCUAGGGUUUCCCCCACUCUUCAGCAUUCCACUGCAGGCAUCAUCAAGAGACUUCGACUCGAGAACUUCAUGUGCCACUCCAGUCACGAGACCGAGUUUGGAAACCACGUCAAUUUCAUCACCGGGCAAAAUGGAAGUGGCAAGAGUGCAAUCCUAACUGCAUUGUGUGUUGCUUUUGGUUGUCGAGCCAAAGGGACUCAAAGGGCAUCCACUCUCAAGGAUUUCAUUAAAACUGGUGCCAGUAAUGCUGUCAUCCAAGUUGAAAUUCACAAUGAAGGAGAGGAUGCUUUCAAGCCUGAAAUAUAUGGUGAUGUUAUCAUUGUAGAACGUAGGAUAUCUGAAUCCACAAGUUCUACUACAUUGAAAGACCACCAAGGAAAGAAAGUUGUCAGUCGGAAAGCAGAUCUUCAAGAAAUCAUUGAGCAUUUUAAUAUUGAUGUGGAGAAUCCUUGUGUAAUUAUGAGUCAAGACAAAAGCAGAGAAUUUUUGCAUUCUGGGAAUAACAAAGAUAAAUUUAAGUUUUUUUACAAGGCCACACUUCUUCAGCAAGUCAAUGAUCUUCUGGAAAGCAUAUCCAAUGAAAUAACUACUGCACAUGUAAUAGUUGAAGAAUUAGAGACUGCAAUAAGGCCCAUAGAGAAGGAACUUAAUGAGCUGCAAGUUAAAAUUAAAAGUAUGGAACAUGUUGAACUAAUAUCCAUGCAGGUUCAGCAGUUAAAGAAGAAACUUGCGUGGUCAUGGGUUUAUGAUGUGGACAAGCAGCUAGAGGAACAAAAUGUAAAGAUUGAAAAGCUGAAAAACCGGAUUCCUACUUGCCAAGCUAAGAUUGAUCAACAACUGCAUUGCAUUGAAAAGUUAAGGGAAAGCUGCUCCAAGAAGAAAGUUGAAAUUGCAAGUAUGUUGGAAAAGACAUCACAAGUUAAGCAAAUGAAAGGAAAUUUAAACCAAUCUGUGUCUCUGGCCAAGAAAGAAGCACUCGAACUUGAGCACGACUGUAAAUGCAAAACUAGCAACAUACAGAAGAUGGUAAAGCAACUUAAAACACUUAAACAACAAGUGCAGGAUAUUCAGGAGCAGCAUGUAAAAAAUACCCAGGCUGAAGAAUCUGAAUUGGAGGAGAAACUGAAGGGGCUUCAAGAUGAGGUUCGUGCUGCUGAGUUAGAGCUGAAAAGAUUGAAAGAAGAAGAGGCUUUGCUAAUGAGCAGCAUACAUAGGCAAAAUGAUGAAAUCCGAAAGAUAGCUGAUAAGAUCCAUGCUCAUGAAAAAAGAUAUCAUGGUAUUACACAUCAAAUCCAUGAUCUUCAGCAAAACCAAAGCAAUCGGAUUGCUGUUUUUGGAGGAGAUAAAGUGAUGAAUCUGUUACGUAUAAUUGAGAGAUAUCAUGAAAGGUUCAAGAUGCCUCCGAUAGGUCCAAUUGGUGCCCACCUGAAGUUGCUUCAUGGUAAUAAAUGGGCGGUUGCCCUUGAAUAUGCCAUUGGGAGAUUGCUCAAUUCUUUUAUAGUGACUGAUCACUCAGAUUUUCGUCUUCUGAAACAAUGUGCAAGCGAAGUAAACUAUGGUCACCUUCAAAUUAUUAUUUAUGAUUUUUCAACCCCGAGGUUGACAAUACCACAUCACAUGCUUCCUGAUACAAAACAUCCAUCAAUACUUUCUGUCUUACAAUGUGAGAAUCACACCGUGACUAAUGUCUUAGUGGAUCUGGGAAAUGUUGAGAGACAAGUGCUUGUUAAUGAUUAUGAUGCUGGGAAAGCUGUUGCAUUUGAACAAAGGAUCCGAAAUUUGAAGGAGGUCUAUGCUGCUGAUGGAUGUAGAAUGUUUUCGCGAGGUUCAGUGCAGACUGUUCUUCCUCCGAAUAAGAGGCAAAGGACUGGUCGUCUUUCUGGUUCUUUCGAUGAUGAGAUUGAGAAUCUUCAUAUUGAAGCAUCUGAUGAACAAAAGGCAGCUUAUGACUGUAAAAAGAAUAAAAGAGAGGCAGAGAUCAAGCUUGAGGAGCUUGACAAGAAUAUGAAUUCUAUAAAGAGGCUUUGUGUAAAUGCAGGAAAAAGUUUGACUUCUAAGAAGUUUGCUUUGGAGGAGGCAAUGCAUUUGCGCACUGCUGAAAAUAGUUCAACACCUUUGUCCUCCGUUGAUGAGCUCAUUAAAGAAAUUUCAGAAAUUGAAAAAAAAAUAAAACAAGAGCAAAUGACAUUGGAAGGCCUUCAGCAAAAAGGGUGUGAAGCAGCAGGAAAAGCAGAUGAUCUUAAAGUAGAAUUUGACAAACUGUGUGAAUCAGCAAACGUGGAAAUUGCUGCCCUAGAGAAAGCUGAGUGUGAACUUAUGGAAAUUGAAAAAGAAAUGGGUUUGACAAAAAAGGCAAAGGAUCAUUAUGAUGGUGUCAUGAAAAACAAAGUCUUAGUUGAUAUUAAGGAGGCAGAAGUACACUAUCUUGAUCUUACAAAGAGGCGCGAGGAAAGUGUUGAAAAGGCUUCUAUAAUUUGCUCGCUGAAUGAGCUUGAUUCAUUAGGAGGUUGUGAUGGGCAUACCCCAGAGCAAAUCAGUGCCCAAUUGGAAGGAUUAAAUCAGACUCUUAGACGUGAGAGCCAAAGGUAUUCUGAAUCAAUUGAUGAUCUUAGGAUGCUGUAUGACAAAAAAGAACGUAAGAUUAUAAAAAGGCAGCAGGUUUACAAAACACUUCGACAGAAAUUGGAUGCUUGCCAGAGAGCCUUAGAGUUACGACAGAGAAAGUUUCAGAGAAAUGCUACUUAUUUGAAACACCAGCUUUCUUGGAAAUUUAAUGGCCAUUUGAGAAAGAAGGGGAUCAGUGGACUUAUCAAAGUUAAUUAUGAGGAGAAAACCUUAAUGAUUGAGGUACAAAUGCCCCAAGAUACGUCAAACAGAGCUGUUCGAGACACUCGAGGGCUUUCAGGUGGGGAGCGUUCUUUUUCAACAUUGUGCUUUGCAUUGGCCCUUCAUGAAAUGACAGAGGCCCCUUUUAGAGCAAUGGAUGAAUUUGAUGUCUUUAUGGAUGCAGUGAGCCGAAAAAUCAGCUUGGACACUCUGGUUGAUUUUGCUGAGGCUCAAGGAUCACAGUGGAUAUUCAUCACCCCGCAUGAUACUAGCUCGGUGAAGGCUGGGGAUAGGAUAAAGAAGAUGCAAAUGGCAGCUCCACGUUCAUGAUCAUUUGUAAUUUGCUUUAUUUAUUGCAUCUUGAAACCCCUUUAUUAAAAUGUAGAUUUUUAAUUCUAAAAUCUGUAACUUUUCUGCUUAUAAUCAUGUCUCCAAUAGCUGAUAAUUUUGUGUAAUGUUUGUGAUGGCAUGUUAAAGGCUGACUUGGACAUUUUAAAUCACACUUUUGAUUAAUGUAAUGUAACUUAAUGUAAAUAGAUAGGAUUAUGGUAAAGUUAUUCAUGGGCCUAUGGUGGUCUUGUG